AUGGCCCCAACCAUCCAUCUCAUCCGCCACGCCCAGGGCGUCCACAACCUCUCGUUCGAGAACGAGUCCAUCCACGACCCGGACCUCACCGAGCUCGGCCUCUCCCAGUGCGCCACCGUCCGCGAGACCUUCCCGGCCCACGACAAGCUCACCCGCCUCGCCGCCUCCCCCAUGCGCCGCACCCUCCACACCUGCAUCCACUCCGUCGGCAGCGAACGGCUCUACCCCGUCGUCGCCCUCGACGUCCUCCAGGAGGUGUCCGCCUCGGGCUGCGACAUUGGCUCCCCCGUCGCGAGGCUGACGGCCGAGUUCGGCUCCAAGGUCGACACCUCCCGCGUCCGCGAUAUCUGGACCGACAAGGGCGAGAACAGCCCCUUCGAGCCCACCCUUGCCAAGCUCACCGCCCGCGCCCGCGAGGCCCGCCGCGCCCUGCGUGACCUCGCCGGCGACAUGAGCGGGGACGCCCACGUCGCUGCCGUCUCUCACGGCGGGUUUCUUCACUUUCUGACUGAUGACUGGCACGGGAUUCCCACAGGUUCAGCUACUGGAUGGGCAAACUGCCAGUUCCGCUCUUACCAGUUCGUUGACCCUACCGGUCAAGAUGACGAGGCUGAGCUGGUUGAGACUGCCGAAAGCUGGCGCCGUCGUCAGGGCGACCAAAUCCCUCCUACGAGAACGGAGUUGCGUGAGAUGAGAGCUGUUGUCCAGGAGGAGGUCAUCCCAUACCUCUAUAUCAAGAAAUAG